GCCUCUCCUCGCCGUUCGUCAGCGCUGGUCUCGCCGCUUCGCGCUCCGCCCGCCCCUUCUGCGCCGAGCUGCGCUCUCGCUCCCGUUCCCCUCGGGGCCGGCGGCAGAACGUUCUCCUCCUCCUUCCCCCCCACCCCCGGUCCCUAUGGCUUCGUCCGGCAGCGGCAUGGAGGAGGUGCGCGUCUCGGUGCUGACCCCGCUGAAGCUGGUGGGUCUGGUGUGCAUCUUCCUGGCGCUGUGCCUGGACCUGGGAGCCGUGCUGAGCCCCGCCUGGGUGACGGCCGACCACCAGUACUACCUGUCCCUCUGGGAGUCCUGCCGCAAGCCCGGCAACUUGGACAGCUGGCUCUGCGAGUCGACGCUGCACAGCGACUGGCAGAUAGCUACUCUUGCUUUGCUGUUGGGUGGUGCUGCCAUCAUUCUCAUAGCUUUCCUGGUUGGGUUGAUCUCUAUCUGCGUGGGAUCUCGGAGGCGGUUCUACAGACCAGUUGCAGUCAUGCUCUUUGCUGCAGUUGUUCUUCAGGUGUGCAGCUUAGUCCUUUACCCAAUCAAGUUCAUCGAAACAGUCAGCUUGAAAAUAUACCAUGAGUUCAACUGGGGCUAUGGCCUGGCUUGGGGUGCAACUAUAUUUUCAUUUGGGGGUGCCAUUCUUUAUUGCCUGAACCCUAAGAACUAUGAAGACUAUUACUAGAAUCAUUUAAUCAAAAGAAAAAUAACAAAAGGAUUACCCCAUCUUUUCUAUCUCACAGUUUUUUUAGAACACUUGUGGAGCACCAAACAGUCUGCUCUGUUGAUAAAAUAGCCUUUGCCUUUUGGGUGUGAACACUGUAACCAGCUUUUACAACCAUUUAAAAGAACUGCAAACACUACAAUUGCUGAUCUUACAUAGGCAGAUGCUGCAAGCUGCUGAUACAUAAGCUUCAUUUUUCCUGACAACAAGCAAAAGGAUCUACAUGACAGCAAUCAUUGUGAGAAAACUAGUUGGAAUGAGAAUGCAGUGCCAGCAUCUGCUCUUGCCUUCAGGGGAGCAGCUGGUAUAGGCUCCAUUUAGAAGUUUCCCUGUAUCAUAGAGGAUUCAGAUGUCUGUGAGGCAGGCAAUGGCAUCUUGUACAAUAGGCUGUGUUGGCCCCUGGUUACUUGCUCAAUAAAGCUCUUAAGGAAUUAGUUGCAAGCGACUGUGUUGAGGGCAGUGAAUGUAACUGGUUAAUGACUUGUCUAAUAGUCUAAUAUCUGCAUUCACCGGUUUUCUGGGAUAAUAAUAAUUUAAAAAAAACCCAAAAAACAACGAAACAACAAAAAACCCAAGCCACCAACCAUACAGGAUUUCAUGAAUUGGUAAUCGACAUCACUGUGCCAGCUGUAGCAGAUUGUUGAAGGAAGUCUAAGCCCGGAGACUUGUGCUUCUUAGUGUGUAGUUGGAAGUUGUCUCAGCUCCGAGUAUUUUGCUGGGAGGGUGGAGAUAAGGGGAAGCAGAAAAAGAACUCCUCUGUCCCUGAGGCAUCUAAAGUGCAUGAAUGAAUUGCAAUUGUCCUGAGUACCCAUUUAACUUCAUGAAAAGAAUGCAUAUGGAACAAGUUCAGUUAUAUUUUUUGAAAGCUAUUUGUUAGUAUAAAUGAAUAUGUAAUACAAUUAUAAAUGCAGAGGUAGAGAGACAAUUCAUCUUAAAAUUGUAAUAUAGGCUGUGAUGAAGUGGUUAAAAUACUAUCUUGUAUGCAUUCUUGACAGUCUUGGAUUGGUACCCCCAAUUUUGGCUGCUGUUACAAAAUAAACUUCAAAUGGUUUCUCUUCUGUAUAUGCCCUUUGUACAGACUCUGUGUUAUGGGAAAUGCUUAAAAGUUCACAUCAAGUUAAGGUAGAGCUGGAUGAAAUACCUACUUGCUAUUCCAUAUGUAAUCUCGUACUUACUAAAAAUUGUUUUCUAUGGCUGUUGUGAAGAAAACACUGCCAUUUUUUUUAAAUCUAGUUAGACUGUGAAGUGUCUCUGAUCAUAAAGAAUAAAGCUGAGACCCCAUCAUGUCCAUAUUAAAACAUUAGCUCUACAGGAGGUAAUCUCUUGUUUUUAAAAGCUGAGUUUGUAGUAGACUGGCUAAUCAUUAUGUACAUCUAAUUGCUCCUUGCUUGGUGUGUUUCCUGCUUAAGAUAUCUAGAGACUGUACACAUGAAUUGAAACCCAAGAUAAAAAUGACUUUUACAUAAAUUUAAUCCACUUCACUUUUAUUUUUGUUUAAGAUUUGCUUAUUUGGAUAUUUUAAAUUAAUUAUGAACAUAUUUUUAUACAAUUCUAAUCUUUUUUAAAAAAAACUUAUUUUUUUUAAUGGAGAAAUUUAAACUAUAUUCUGUGUAGGCCUCUGCAAAAGCAGAUAUGCUGGGGUUGCACAUACAAAUGGUUUUGCUGGUUCCACGGAAAAGACUGCUGAAUUACUCAGUGUUAAAACUGCAUCUGCAGUGUUAAUGUUUGUGCUAUCAGAGGUUCUGCAAUGACCAUGGGACCACAGGGCUGCCUUUAGGAGGUUGUUGUGAAAGUAUUGCUGACAUACAAAGUUGGUUUAUAAAACUCUGGGGCUCUCUGGAAUUAAAUCUGCCAUGGGACGAUAUUCCUUAUCAGCAGUCUUUUCCAGGACCAGUUGUGAUUAAUUAGAUUAGACAGAGCAAAAUGAUAGCUUGACUCGGAAGAGAUUAUAUGGCAAUGCCUGGGGAACAAGAAGGAUGGGAGGAAAAACUAUGUCCACUUGUUUCACAGGCACCAGAGAGCAUUUGUAACCCUUGUUGUUUGGGUUUUUUUUUUCCUGAGGCUGACUUAAGGUGGAUAUUCAGUAUGUAGUUAACUCUGUAUCCUUCUGAACAGCUGUGUAGUUCUGCUUUUAUUUAGCAACAUGGAGAACAUUGUAGUAUGGCAUGGGAAUUGGGUUAACAGAGAAGCUCACAGUAAGAUUUCUGUACAUCUCUUGGAGAAUAGUGGUUUAGUGCUGACAUUGUGUAGCACUUCACCUGUGCUGACAAGAAGGUACAGUGCUGAACCCGCAUCAUAUCCACUAAUUUAUCAAGUAAUUUUUCAUGUACAGUUUGAGUGAAAACAACUGUUAAGCCUAAGGCAUAUGCAAAUUAAUGGGAUGAGCUCUGGAAGUCACCCAGCUCUUAAUAUGAAAGAUGUUCAGGCAAGAAAUCUAUACGUGUGAAUGCCUAAAGACAAGAUUCUUCAUUCAUAUUUGAGUUAGAGAUCUGAUUUUCAAUCUCAACACCUGCUUUUCCUCUUGAUAAUGCAAUCUAUUAGGACACACCUUGAACUCCUCAGGUCCUUUGUGUUUGGGCACCUAGUAUAUGAGUUUAGGUACCUACCUUUAGCUUAAGUUGCUACUGCCAUUUCUUUUUCCCCCUCCCCUAUCACUGCCAGUUUUGGCAAGCAUUCUGUUUCUCAGCGCUGAACUAAAAGUAAAUACAACAUUAUACUGAUUGAUUUUUUUUUUUCCCUAGCCAUAAAAAAGGGUAUGUGUCUGUGUCUUGAGUGUACAUAUGGCAAAGUAAUAAUUUUGUAUUGCUGUUUUUGUGUCAUGACACUAUUAUUUCAGUUGUUUGGUUUUAUUUCACUGGCAGGAUGAUUCUCUCACACAAAAAAAACAUUGUUUUUCUUCCAAAUAUAUAUGAAUAAAUAUAUAUAUAUAUCUCAAACUUGCAAGCAGGGCUAGUUAUUUGUAUUUUUUAAGCUUAAAGUAUACCGUCUGGUGCUGACAAGUACCUAGCACCUCUUCUGGAUUUCUUGCACAACUUCGUUUAGCUUUUGUAAAUUUUAAAAACAAAUAUAGAGAGACCUAUGUGUUUGAAAUAUAAAUGAUCUAUAUGGAUUAGCAUGUAACUGUAUAUUAAACAUGCAAUGAACUGACUGGUAAGUGAAGUCUAAUCUUAUGGCUAGCAAUGUAAUUUAUUCAGACUGUAUUUUUGUACAGAGCAGUGCACACUAACCUAUUGCCUCUGUGUCCUCUAUAAUGCCUAAAACUGUGCCUAGAAAUUUCAUUUCUGUCUUUAAAGGAAAAAAAAAAGAGAGACAACUAAAUGCUUCAUGUUGUUUAUUGUUUUUCUGAUGUUGUUCUUUAUUUAUUUUUGAGAAGUCUGUAUGUGUUUAUUAAAUGAAUCCAUCAAAAUGUGGUUCAUUUUAAAUGGUCAUUGUUAGCAGGGAAAGACACAUGGGUUUUUUAUCAAGACUUUUAAGUUUGCAGUUGUAAUACCAUUUCUGUAUUUCACGAUUUUUGUAGCCUACAUAAAGUUAUAUGUGAAAAAGUAACUGAAAUAAAAAAAAAAUUAUUACACUAACCAAA